AACUGUUAGUUGGCUAUUAUUGUGGUUAAACGAAAGCAACAGCAUGUCGAUUGCGCCAGUGAUAAUUGAGGCAACCGCCAAACAUACGUCAACCCUCAUCUUCAUGCACGGCUUAGGUGACACUGGCCAUGGAUGGAGUUCAGCGUUGGCGACAAUACGUCCGCCCAGCAUGAAAGUAAUCUGUCCAACAGCACCCACAAUGCCGGUGUCACUGAAUGCCGGCUUUCGUAUGCCUUCUUGGUUUGAUUUACGUACGCUCGAUAUAUCGGGUCCCGAAGAUGAGGAGGGCAUCAAAAGUGCUGCUCAAAAUAUAAAAAGUAUGAUUGAUGACGAAGUCACCAAAGGUAUAGCAUCGAAUCGUAUUGUGCUGGGUGGUUUCUCACAGGGUGGUGCAUUAGCAUUGUAUACAGCGCUAACAUACAAUCAACCGCUGGCUGGUGUUGUAGCGCUAUCCUGUUGGUUACCAUUGCACAAGCAAUUUCCAGGCAUAAAAACCAACUCCGACGAAAUACCAGUUUUUCAGGCACAUGGUGACUUCGAUCCUGUUGUACCAUACAAGUUUGGUCAAUUAAGCGCUAGUUUAUUAAAGACAUUUAUGAAGAAAGUUACAUUUAAGACAUACAAUGGGCUAUCACAUUCCUCAUCGGAUGACGAAAUGGAUGAUGUGCGGGAUGUACUGGCCUCUUGGAGUGGUGACAGUAGAAAAAGUGAUACUUCAACGGUGGAUGUUAGCGGAAAUGCCACAGCUCAAUGCUGUCUAAUAUCAUAGUAGCAAAUCUGUGAUUUUCUUUGAAGAUUUAUGUGAUGAUAAUGUUGAUGAUGAGUAUGAGGCACAAACAAAACACAUUUUUAUUAAUGCAACAAAACUGCAACUCGUAAACUCAUAAACAUGAAACUAAUAACUAAAAACGUGAAAACUUUAAUUUAAGGUAUACAACAAAGCAGCAACUCAAACAACUCAAAAAUACAUUUUUUCGCAAAUAGUUUAUUCAAAGCAAUGAAUGAAUUAAUAAUUUUCCAAACGAAUUCGGCGUGUAUUUUUACAGGCACGCUUUAAAGAAAACUUAAAAAACAAAAACAUUUACUAAUUUUUGCACGUUUUUACAUUUGGCGCAAUACAUUUUAUUUAAUUGUUUUUUAGAAGUAGUCAAAUGUAGACGGUAAUUUCUGCUGUUACUAGUUGUUAAACUGAAACUUAUACCUUUAACGUAUAACGUAGCGUGACUGAACUAUAUUAUUACAAUAUAUAUUAUAUAAUUACUAUUAGAAGUAGCUAAAUGUGAAGCGAAAAAGAGGUUAGAAAAAAAAAACACUAUGAAAACUAAGAAUAAUGAAAUUGAAGUAAAUAAUUAAUAAAAUACAGAAAUGCAAUAUAUAAAAUACCACAAA